UAUCAGCAUCAGCUACUGCCUGCUUGCUUUUCGCCGCUUUUCGCAUGCCUUACCUUUAGCCUCUUUCCACGCGUUUACUCUUUGAUCUAAGUAUUGUAACUUCUGUUUGAUCCGUCAACUCUGAUUAUCAUUUUAGUGGCGUGAAAAUAUUCUCGAAAGUAUACAGUCUAAUCCUUGAAGCAUUAUUUGUACUCAGGCUUACGAAAGUUUGAAUAAAACAUGGCGACCUUCUUAAGAACGGUCAAAAAGUCGAAGAAACCACCCAUAAGAGUUAUCCACAAUCCAAAAAUUAGAACCAACGUACCAGCAGGAAUGGCUUCAUCAGGUCCGCCUCUCGGUUCACAGUUGGGAUGUAGAGGUGUAAAUAUAUCUGUAUUCUGCAAAGAAUUCAAUGAAAGAACGAAACAUUUGAAAGAAGGGAUCCCGCUGCCUAUAAGGUGCACAGUCAAGCCAGACAAAUCUUAUACUUUGAUUAUCAAUCAACCCACAGCAACUUACUUUUUAAAGCAAGCUGCAGGAAUCCAACGAGGUGUCAUGCAACCUGGAAAAGAAGUAGGUGGCAAAAUUACCUUCAAACAUCUCUAUGAGAUAGCAAAAAUAAAGAAACAAGACUACAACCUAGAAUGUACAGAUAUGAAAACAAUAUGUGCACUGUUAGCAGGUUCUGCUCGAACUCUUGGUAUUGAGAUCGUCCGAGAAAUAGAUCCCAAGGAAUAUGCAAAAUUUCUAGAAGAGAGGAAAGUAGUAGUUGAAGAGCAACUGCAGGUUUUGAAAGAAAUCAAGGAAGCUAAAAUGCUACGAACUGGAUAAUUUCUCAUUCUACCAACCGUAAAUUUCAUGCCUUUGUUGAUGAAAAUUUUAUGUCAGAUUCGCAAUGAUGUAUUUUAAUAAUCUGGAUUAAUUCUAAAAGGUAACAGCCUGUUGUCUCCAGAGCAUGGAGCAAAUUAUUUCCGCAAAGCCAUGUAGUCUGAAAAUGUCACUCAGGUGGUAUUAUUUCUUAGACAAUGGUCAAUAAUUUUUACAGUAGAAAGCCAACUUCAAUUUCACCCAACGAGAAUUUCAAAGAUAAAUUGGUGACCCCUUUGCUCCUAGUAUAUUUUACAUUUCUCAAAACUUUGUACCUUAUUCUGAACAGAAGGAAUCCUUACAAAAUCUUUACACAAGUAGAGCCAUGUAAGUUAUAUUAAGAAUGUUUCUUGUUAAUACUAUAAAUGCUAAGGAGACAUGAACUGUAAUUACUAAUUAUUUAUUUAAAAUAAGUUCUAUUAGUUUGUGUUUUUUAUUUAAUGUUUAUGUAGUCAGGUUGGAUGUAUACUUUUAAAUCCGCAGGAUCUUACAGUAAACAAUAUUUUCUAAAAGUUUAAA